GCCCCCGUUUGCGCCCUCUCGGGAAACGGACUGCCCGAACCGGCUGCAAUGAUGGGCAUCAGCCCCAGUCCCAGAGCGGAGACCCUGCAGGCGCCAAGCGGGACCCCUUUCGAGGAGACCAGGCUUCAAGUCUUCACCUUGGACUACCCCCACGUGCAGAUCCCGUUCGAGAUCACCCUCUGGAUCCUGCUGGCUUCCUUAGCCAAGAUCGGUUUUCAUCUCUACCACAAGUUGCCCCACAUCGUGCCAGAGAGCUGCCUCCUGAUUCUGGUUGGAUUGAUUCUUGGUGGAAUUAUGUUUGGAGUACAAGAAAAGUCUCCACCUGUGAUGAAGAGUGAUGUUUUCUUCUUGUAUCUUCUUCCCCCGAUUGUCCUUGAUGCUGGCUAUUUUAUGCCCACCCGACUCUUCUUUGAGAACUUUGGUACAAUUUUCUGGUAUGCCGUGGUGGGCACUCUCUGGAAUUCAUUUGGCAUUGGCUUUUCCCUCUUUGCCAUUUGCCAGAUCGAAAUUUUUGGCCUGAGUGAUAUCACUCUGCUGCAGUGCCUGCUCUUUGGGAGCUUGAUUUCAGCUGUGGAUCCCGUGGCAGUGCUGGCUGUUUUUGAAAACAUUCAUGUCAAUGAGCAGCUGUACAUCCUAGUUUUUGGGGAGUCACUAUUGAACGAUGCUGUAACAGUGGUCCUGUACAACCUGUUCAAGUCUUUCUGCCAGAUGCAUACAAUUGAGGCCAUUGACAUAUUUGCUGGAAUUGCUAAUUUCUUCAUAGUUGGCACUGGUGGAGUUUUGAUUGGAAUCGUUUUGGGAUUUGUGGCAGCUUUUACUACUCGCUACACCCAUAAAAUCAGAGUGAUUGAGCCACUCUUUGUCUUCUUAUACAGUUACCUGUCAUAUGUAACAGCUGAAAUGUUUCACCUCUCAGGUAUUAUGGCGAUUAUAGCUUGUGCUAUGACUAUGAAUAAAUAUGUGGAGGAGAAUGUUUCUCAGAAGUCCUACACUACAAUAAAGUAUUUCAUGAAGAUGCUGAGCAGUGUCAGCGAAACCCUUAUCUUUAUUUUCAUGGGAGUAUCUACAGUUGGAAAAAACCAUGAGUGGAACUGGGCCUUUGUUUGCUUCACUCUCCUGUUUUGUUUGAUUUGGCGUGCACUGGGAGUUUUUGCAUUGACUCAGAUCAUUAAUGUGUUCCGGACAAUUCCUCUAACAUUUAAGGACCAAUUUAUUAUCGCCUAUGGAGGCCUCCGAGGAGCUAUAUGUUUUUCACUUGUUUUCCUGCUUCCUUCUGCUGUGUUCCCUAGAAAGAAACUUUUCAUUACCGCUGCGAUUGUGGUGAUAUUCUUUACUGUCUUCAUUCAGGGAACAACAAUUCGUCCACUGGUGGAAUUUCUUGAUGUUAAAAGAUCAAAUAAAAAGCAACCAGCUGUCAGUGAGGAAAUUUAUUGCCGGUUCUUUGAUCAUGUGAAGGCUGGUAUUGAAGAUGUAUGUGGACACUGGGGUCACAACUUUUGGAGAGAUAAAUUUAUAAAAUUUGACAAGAAGUACCUGCGACGACUUCUAAUUAGGGAAAGUCAGCCUAAAUCAAGUAUAGUUUCCUUGUACAAGAAGCUUGAAAUAAAACAUGCCAUUGAGAUGGCAGAGAGCGGAAUGAUAAGCACAGUACCGUCUCUGUCUUCGAUCAGUGAACUUCAAGAAGAAGAAAAAAUAAUUCCUUUUUAUCCUGGCCAGAUGGAUAAUAUAAGAGAUAUUUUAACAAAGAAUCUCUAUCAAAUACGACAGAGAGCUCCAUCAUACAACAGAUAUAGUCUAGCUGAAGACGCAAAUGAAAAACAGGCCAAAGAAAUUUUAAUUCGUCGCCGACACAGCCUGAGGGAGAGCAUUAGAAAGAGCAACAGCUUGUCAAGAUCGGUGGCCACCAAAGCACCACGUUACCUAUCACUACCUAAAAACACUAAACUAGCUGAGAAAGUACGGAAAAGAAAUCAGUCUUCUUUCAAAGUAAGUGACAGCAGUGAUUCUGAAUCUGAUCAUACUACAGUGCUGAAUUUAAAAUCACAAGCAGGAAAAAUUUUGAGAGACCAGAGACUUCGACAGCAACAGUGUAGAAUUGAAUGGAAGAAUGAAGUGGGCAGUGAUAACAGAGAGCCAGUGAGCCACCCUCAGGCUGCCAGGGGCCCUCAGGCUGCCAGGGGCUUCAGGCAACCACUGUUGCCAAGACCAGUGUUUGGCACAGUGCGCGAAGAAGAUUCAACUGAAGACGACAGAUCAACCAAGCCAGUACCACCCCCUCGGUUAGUCCGGCAGGCAUCAAAAGCAGACAGGCCUAGAGAUAAAUCUGACAAUAAGCCAUAUUAAAAACUACAAAACCGAGCAAUUAACAAUCAACAACAGAUGUAGUAAACUGUAACCAGGCAGCUGGAUCCAUUUAAAGGCAUGGUUGUAGGUACUGGAGUAAUCAUGCCCUUUCACUAAGUGGAGUGAAACCCUUGCCUGCAAUGGAACCAAACGAUGCAACUGCUUUAUUUUACAAUUGUUGUCAUAUUUCUACAAUGAUGGAAAGCGUUAUCAAUUAUGUAUGUUGUAUUUUAUGUAUUUGUCAAUGGCAGGUUUUAAAUAUGAGUUGCACUGAAACAUUGCACAACACACCUCUUUUUAAAGCACUUGCGAGA